GAGGCAGAACAUGUCCUUGGUGUUGACGCGUGUGUUUGAAAGACGAGAAGGACACCAUUUCUGCUCGCCGCUUCCGACCUUGCGUUGUGCACUGGACGUUGUGCGGGGUCCGGCGUCUGGGCGGGUGUAGGUGAGAAGCGGCGGUGGCAAGGCCGGCCGCGAUGGAGACGGUCUGGAGGAAGAGGGUUUCUCACCUACCGGGCGCGAAACUGGCCGCGUUACAUCGUUGCUGCUGCCUGGUGUGGGUGCUAUGUUGCAUCAUCGCCGGCAUUCGCGGGCAGACGUCGCCGGGACUCCAAUGGAAGCUAAGCGCACUGUACUCGCAACGAAUCCUCACAGAGGACAUUCCUCUCUACCGGGUGCCGAUGUGUGGAAGCCGCUCGUCGGCUAAUACGUUCCUGACCAUGCCACUGGUGGCUCAACAAACCGAGAGAAAUCUUGCCAGGAGCGGAACGGUCUCCGUAGGUGGAUACCAGCUCACCGGCAAGCUUCAUCUCGCCGAGCAAUGCUACAGCAUUCGCACACAACUGGAGCUGGGUGUCCGCCAUCUUCACCUGGAGCUGCACCUGCGGAACGGGGCCGUCUACGUGUGCAAGUCGCAGAAGUCCUUGUGCGACGAAAUGGCGAGACAGACCCGAGAUCCGGCCGCGUGUAAUAAGGUGCUCGGUUACAGUGACCAAGGCCAGGAGACCGGUUGUCACGCGGGUUCUCCAACGUUUCUCACCGUGUUGCAAGAAAUAUCCGAUUGGGUGGCGAACAACCCAACGGAAGUUCUUCUCAUCCGUCUUCACGUCGAUGAUCUUGUGAGCUCCAUUCCCGGUUGCUACGACUUCCCCUCCGUGAACACUCCCAUUUCAACAGCUUUUACUUAUGGGCUGUAUGUACCGGACGAUUAUACAAAAUUCAACGCUGCAUCUGGUACAAGCGAACAAACUUGGCCAUCUAGAAAGUUCCUCACAUCGCGUAAUCACAAUGUGGUGUUUCUCAGCAGCUGUUCGUUUGGCGAUGUUCACGUCCAUGACUAUGGUGAUGCACAGAUUUUCAGUCCUUUCAUCAAUGAAUUCUCGGUCGCCUCCUUCCAGCCAUACCCAUCAUGCCUAGCGGCCGAUGACAAAGGCAUCGUCUUCCCACCGGACGUGGACUUCACCUUUGUGUAUGAUGAUCGCCUGGCGGUUGACCUGACGAUACAGUCAGACGGAGGCUCCGCUAGUCAUCUGAACCUCUCUGAAUCUGGCAUGCAGCUAACCACGGCGAACGCAUUUUCAGUCAUGCAGUGUGGCUUCAAUCCGAUGAUGGCUGGCUUUGACCAGACGUCUACAGAGGGAUGUGUGUGGACGUAUAGGGAGAAUCACACAGCAUUCUGUGACCCAGGGAUGUGCACAGUGCUGUCCAGGAGACCAUCUUUGUCAUCUCGGCGAUACGACUGGUACAACAUCCCUUGCACGGAGCUGCGUUAUCUUCUCUGUUGGGAUCGCUCUGGAAACCAAAUUGGUGAAGCUGCCUGGAGGCUGUCACCCGCCAAAUUCCCGUACCCAACAUCUCAGUUUCUUGAUAUACCAACGUACACCGAUCCGUUUGGCAUUCAGGAGGAAAUAUGUGACCCUGGUUACAACUUCAAAAUUCCCAACUCUCCUCUUGAAUUUGGCCAUGUGAUGAAUAUGAUAGAAAGAGUGAACAUCACAGACGAAGUGUGGCUUGGCUGGAUGAAGGGUGUCACGUGUAGGCAAGGUGAGGAGACACCAGCGCCCGCACUACCUGAACCCAAAGUCACAUCGCUCGACUGCCCGGCCGUUCUGAAGGAGCCGUCCAUUUACCGGGACACAUCGGUGGCACCUACGGUUGGAACGCAACUGCCGCAAUCCACAGGCACCAAGGCGCCCUCGAAAGGUCUAACAUCAACAGAACAAGUCGGUAUCAUCCUGGGAUCACUGGUCGUCUUCACACUGCUACUGCUCUUGAUUUACUUUGCCCUCUAUCAACAUCUUACCAGCACACACUCACUGAGCGAGAAGUCCUAUCCGCAGUCACCAGGGGCACCUGUUACCAUGGCAGCGCGCCGCCAGGUUAGCUCACUGGGUGGCAUUGGACGGAGCAUGACGUCGGCGGCCGGCUUCCAACCUCUGCGCAACGAGUCAACCUCGUCGGAGCCCGGUGGCUCUGUGAUCCCGUCGCCAUCGCGCAACAUCAUGGGAGAGAACAGCCUGGAGAGACGCAUUUCGCACCAGUCGGGCUACGCGAGCGAGUCAUCCAGCAGGCAAGCUAGCACGGUACAACCACCGUCAUUCCCCAUUGACUUCUCGCAGACACCGAUGACGCGCUACCACAGCUCCGGUUCCGGCAUACCCGGCCUGACCGAGGACGAGGGUGUGGUGCGAAUGAAUCCACUCUUUGCACAGGUGGCCGGCGGUUUUGAUCAGCCCGUGGACAGCGAAGAUGAUGUUGGUGCGAAUAGCGAGCCUUACGAUCGAUAUACUGAUCGCGAAUAUGAUGAUAAUGAGCAUGAGCAUGAUGAGGCCGAUGGUGAUGCAUACAGUCAGGGGUACGAUGAAGGACGAGAUGACGACGAGGUGGAUGGAGGAGAUGGUGGUGCGGAGGAUGAACUGGGUGCUAGUGUACAUGAUGAGCAGGCUGUGGACGAUCAGUACACUGCAACCAAUGGUGCUGAGCAGCAACAACAACAGCAGCAGCAGUAUGACGACCAGCAACUACAGCAGUAUGACGACCAGCAACUACAGCAGUACGAAGAGCAGGAACAACAACAGGAGCAGUACGAAGAGCAGCAGCAACAUCAGCAACACGAGGAGCUGGAAGCCCUGCAGGACCUGGCUAAUGAGCAAGUAGACUACGGCGGCAGCGGCGGCGGCAGCAGCGGCCAUCAGCCUAUGAACGCAUUAGGCAUGAACAUGGCCGCACAAGCCAACUUCCAGGCGUACACACCGCAAACACAACACAGCUAUGAACAAGACGAGGUUGCCAACACACAUCAAGACACAUCGGCCACGCCAGGAGGCAACAUCUCCCGGCCGAGGCCUCAGGUGUCGGCAUCGACAUUAGCACAGCACCAACCACCUCCAGUCUUUACACCACCGCCCCCGCCUCCGCCUGCACCAGCGCCACAGGCAAGCAAUGCUCCAAUGAUGGCUGAGGAGCCCACAGAUUAUGGCCUGCCUAUGGACGCUCCGGUUGGUCUUAUGGCGGAGGGUGAGCUUUUCUACUAGCCAAUUUCUUGUCACAGUAACUACUUUAAUCUCAUGUGCGUUGACAAGUUGUAAUAUAUUGACUCGAGGAUGAGCUGCUCAAGCCAAGGUUCUAGGGCAGACAUCGGUAAAUUAUUGACAGCUGGCCAUUGACUUUGGUUACGCGACCCGCACUGUAGCUGGCCCGUUAUUUGUACAUCUUGUUGCCACGGUUGCCACGGCCCAGUACAUGUAGAUCUUCUGACAUGAACCUGAAUCACUGUCUCUUUUAUACACUGUAGUAUGACUCUGAAUGAAUACUACUUCUUGUACAAUCAUAAUAAGAAUAGACCUGCUUCCUCACUCUGUUUGUACAUUGAUUUUUGCCGUAUGGCCUUGAGCUUUACGUUUCCAUUUGCUGAUUAUUUCCUAUCGCCUUGGCAACUAGUCCUGGUGUCACUCUAAUUUUCCGCUCGCGAUGACCCUUACACGUGCAAUUAUCACUUCUAAUAGUUUAUAGGAAUUGGAGACUUCAAAUUCUAUGCUACUUUUCAAGUUGAUUCGUCAUUGAAAUCUGGUGUCCUCAAAUGGA